AGCAAGAGUUACCAACACAAGAGAGCACUGUAGAGUCAUCAGUCCGAAAGGAAUGAAACAUCUAAACAAACUUCACACACCUGUGUAGCCAAGACUAGCGAAACAUGUCAGGUAAAAUAAAUACGUCGACGUUCCUCUUCGACGUCCCGCCGGUGCUGAUGGGGAAUUUCUGUAAGCUGAUGGACAGCGGUGUCGACGGUCUGGGAUGGAGAGCUUUAGCUAACCACAUCCUUCCCAGUCAGCUGGAAGUCAGAUAUGCUGAAAUGCACGUAGCUGCUGGGAAAAGUCCUACCCAGGAGCUCAUGUGGACGUGGGCCCAGCAGAAUAAAACAGUUGGGGAUCUUCUGAAGGUUCUGGAUCAGAUGGGUCACGCUCGAGCCAGGAGUCUUUUCCAAACCGAAGACUCCUGCGUACUGAAGUCACCAUCGUCUCCUCUCUUUGUCACGGAUCUGCCAAACACUGAGAAAUCCUGUCAAAUGUCUGCUCCUCAUUCAGAGUCUGUGUUUGUUAAAGGUAAAAAACAGAAGUAUUGCAUUACAUUUUCUGACGUCAUAGAAGGAACGAGACAUUUUCACCCGGAUUUAAAAAUACGAUCGAGCGCGUUCUCCGAGGUCUACUGUGGCAAAUGGGGAAACAGAUCUUUUGCUGUGAAAGUUUUCAAACAGGAAAACAAAGCUGAUUGGAAGGCGUUGUGGGAAAAAUUCACCAAAGAAAUUGAAGUUCUACAACUCUACCAGCAUCCUAAUAUCUUAGAGUUAUGGGGCAGCUUUUCAGAGGCAGAUCGCUUCUGUCUCGUUUAUCCGUACCUUCAUAACGGAUCGCUGUUCCACAGACUUCAUGAGGAAGUUCAGGGUCCUUUAUCAUGGCAGGAAAGGCUAAACAUCAUCAAAGGCACCGCAAAGGCAGUUAACCAUCUACACACUGCACAACCAUGCAUGGUUAUUUGUGGAAACAUUACAAGUUCAAACAUACUCUUGGAUGAGCGCCUGCAGCCCAAAUUAUCAGAUUUUGGAUUAGCUCAUCUCAGACCGCACUCUGUCGAUCAGAGCUGCACUAUUGUCAUGGAUACUGCCUCCCAUAGCAACCUUGGCUAUCUCCCAGAAGAGUACAUCCGUGAUGGCAAGCUGUCAAUCAAACUUGACGUGUACAGCCUUGGCAUGGUUAUAUUAGAGACAUGUACUGGACAGAAGGUGAGACAGGAGUCAGGAAAAAGCCUGUUUUUGAGAGACAUAUUGCAUUCAGAAUUUGAGGAAAAAGGCUCUGUGGAUGCCUGUCUGCAGUUUUUAGAUCCCAAAGUUGAGCAUUGGCCUACUGCGGUGGCACUUUGUCUGCUCCGAAUCGGACUAGAAUGCACAAGCAGCAAAAUGCGAGCAAGGCCUACCAUGGAAAUGGUGCUUCAGAGGCUAAACCAAAUUCUUCCCACGCCCACAUCCCCUGAGGACCAGCCGCACACCCUAGAUGAUACGAUUCCUCUUCAGUGGCCACAUAAUUGCCACAGUCCACAUCUAAGCAUCCCUGUCGAAGUUGAUGAAAUGUACAGCCCGCUUGAGGAACCACAACCUCCCAGACUUUCCAAUCUGGCAGAACCCUGCGAAUGCAGCCAGUCUGAGGUCACUUUCUUGAGUGUUGGAGAUCCCAACUUGUCACAUUCCCUCAGGGAAUGUCUUGAGGAAAAUGACAGAGUGGUUUCAGCAUCACAGAGUAUCCAGUCAGACUCUGCAGCUCCUCUGGACUUAUAUGGGAGCUGGCCAGUGGAGUGUAGCUGUAGCGCUGGAACAGAAGCGCAGGGGUGCGAGGACUGCUGUGCCAAUGGCUUCAGUCAGUCUGUUUUAUAUGUCACUGUAGAUGAUGAUCCCCAGCUCUCUCAGUAUGGCAUUACAAAUCCAGCAAAAGAGAAAAUAAAGAAUAAAAUUCAUCUGUACAACCAGGGGAUAAUAAAAACUGAAGAACUUCUUUCGCUUAAGUCGGAAUGAUUCAGCAAUAGGUCGGGAAAUGGGGAGUGUUGGAGGUCAUUUAAAAAAAAAAGGAUUUUUAACAGUAUUUAUCUGCUUUAAAUGAAAGUAGUUUAGAAAUAUACUUAAUGUAUUCGCAUUAAAAAAGAUGCAGCAUGUGGGGAUGUUACAAAAAUUGGUUCUUAAAAAUUCUAACCAUAAUAUAUUUUACUCUGACGUACAACUACUAUCUCUUUAAGAGAUUUAGUUUUAGCCUUUCACUUGGUUGUAUUUCGUUAAAGCAUAUUUGAAUGCGUAAAGGCGACGUCGUACACGUCAGAAACACUUCCAGGUGUUCCUAGUAGUGCCUACAAAUCUCCAUGCUUCAGUGAAGCUCUCCGUAGUUUGUUUAUGACUGGAUUAAUUGAGAAAUUCUAAUUUAUGUGCGUACAAAUUUUAACCAAUAACAAAUAAUGUAGAAUGUUGUUCGCACAAUUAAAGAAACAAAUAAAAUUUAUGGGGCUUUUAUUUUCAGGAUAUUCCUUCUGCCAAAAAAAAGCGUAACGCUUUGGCGGCUGUAAGCAGGAAAGCCCUGGUGAAAAAACCAGCAUAUGCUGGUAGGUAUGUUUUAAUGCUGGAAUGCUGGUUAGGUAGGUUUUGAUGCUGGUUUAUGCUGGUCCUUUGCUGGUUUUUGCUGGUCAUGUUGCUGGUCAAGGACCAGCAUGAACCAGCAAAGGACCAGCAUAAACCAGCUAAGGACCAGCUUAAACCAGCAUCAAAACCUACCUAACCAGCAUUCCAGCAUCAAAACAUACCUACCAGCAUAUGCUGUUUUUUUCACCAGGGAGGAAACCAAAGGCGGGAUUUUUUUCUUUGAAUGGUGAGGCUUCACUUUUAAACAGCUUUUUCCGAAGAAAUUGCUUCUUUUAGUGAAUCAACAACCUGAUCGCUAAUCUUCAACAUGUUUUACACUAAGCAGUAUUUUCGUUGGGAACUGUAUGUAGAUUUUACCUUGUUUUUAAGAGAAGGCAGAUUGGGAAUGUCGCAACAGGUAGUACUCAUUUAUGGCACUGUUAGCAACAGAUUUGUGUCGCAUUAAUAUUUAAUAAAAUAUAUGUAAUAUUGUGUGUUGUCUAAAAUAUCGAUUUUUCUUUCGUUUUCAGGUUUUACCUUAAUGAAUAAAGGACACGAAUUAUUUGUUUUAUUAUUGUAUGUUGUUUAAUGACAAUAAAAUGUUUUCUAUGGA